GAGUAAAAGUUAGUGUCGGCCUGCGUGUGUCGAGGCGGCGGCGUGACAUUUGGUGGCAGCGGUGGGAUAGGACGUCGUAAGUCGAUCGGUGGGACCUACCGGGAGAUGACCACGAGAUCUGGGGCGACGUACAAGCCUGCGAUGGAGAGAGGACGAGAGGAGGGAGCUGCGGACGAAGGCACAGCACGUACGGAAGCGACAUGCGUAAAGUCGGCACCACUGACCGACUUAGUGCGACUGCUCAUAGAGGACCGUCAGCGGAGAGCUGGCGGAGGAGCGUAGAUGGCGGGAGCUCGAGGCGAACCGACACAAGAGAGAACUGAGAGAACAGAUGGACACGACAAAGAAGGAUGGUCCCAGAAAAGACACCCGAAGGUGUCACAUCUGCCAGCAGGAAGGCCAUAUCGCGGCCAACUGCAAGGAGAAGGACAAGCAACCGAACGACACGAGCUCUAAGAAGGAACGCGGGCGAGAUCAGACUGAACGGAGAUGCUACAACUGCCAUCAGCGGGGCCACCUGGCCCGAGACUGUCCGAGUGCCCUUUACUGUGGA